CAUCAACGUCAAUAUACUUAUUUUUAUAACCGUAUUGACGGUACUUUCGGAGUAUUGUCGGUCCUUGGACUAAGCAGAAUAAGAAUUAAUAUUGCUUUGAAAUGGGGGCAAUUAUAGCACGGUUUAAGGUAGACCUAAUAAAUCUUAUUUCAGAACUUUUGACAUUAUCUUACAUAUUUUUCCUAUAUUUAUUUUAUCAGUUUGAGAUAGGGAGGGUAAUAACUUCAAUUCAAUUAAAAGGACAAACUGCAAUUGACCUGGUAUGGGGGGUAACUUUUACUUAUUAUACUUGGUUACGAUUAUAAUAUAAGUUGGUUAGACUUUGUCGUUAGUGUUACUGAACUGUUAGUGUUAGUAUUACUAUCUGAGACUAGACCACCGUAUAAUGAUUAAAUAUAAUACUGUAAAUAAACAAACAAGUAAUAGUGCUACUAGUACUAGCACAGUCACACCACACUCCCUCAUCAGAAAAAGAAGUUUUAGCUAGUUAGUUGAGUAAGGUAAUGUUUACUUACAACUUAGUAAAAAGGAAAGGAAAAGUUUGUAGGCAGUGAAGGGAACUUUAUGCUGGUCCUGUUAAAUUUAUUUUUAAUCUAUUGUAGGCUUAUGUCAUGUUGAUAAUAUAGGGGCCUAUUAUCUAUUCUAUAAAAAAUAAUAAAUGGAUUUUAAAUAUUAAAAGUUUUUAAAAAGUGUUUGGGCUGGAAAUGGAUAUAUGCUUACAUUUACACUUACAGACAGGCCACAGGUGUUGGGCUGAGUUUUCGGCAAUCCUCCAAACAGCGUUCACAAAUGUCAAAUAGUAUACUGUUCGUUAGAAAGUGCCAGGUGGCCCUGAUUCCUGAUAACUGGUGAUGUAGGCUAUUUGUUUACAUCUUAAAAUACUGCGACUCCGAAUGAAAAUGAAUGGAGUAAUCUUGCAGACUAAUUGCUUGUAAUAAUAUAAAAUAAACAAUACCAUAGCUGGCAGACCACAAACACCGGUUCAUUUUGCAAAUUAUGUUUUGCCAGGAAACAUUCAGCAAUUUUAGGACACAAUGCGGAAGGCUAUGUGUGACAGCAUGCUUUGGUUAGAAUGGGUUGCAGAACACCAUCUCAUAACUGUUGUCAACAUCCCAUGUCUUAAGUCUGAUUUGCCAUGUCACAAGUCUGAUUUGCCAUGUCACCUGAUGGUUACAGAUGGAAAUACUCAGACUGUCCAUGCAAUAUGACAUGCAGUAUACACAUCAGGUCAUUUUUUGCAAGCUGUGGGCGUAGCAUGCAGAAAAUUGUCAUGAUGAUAUUCUAUUAGGCUUACAAAGUGAAAUGCUAGCAUGUUAUACCUUUUGAAAGCUGGCAGACACCAUUGUAAACUACAACAAAUUUUACUGAAAUGAGUUACAUUGGGUGUCACACGAGGUUACAACUGCAAGUAUGUAUUUUGACACUGCAUGAACCUGUUGAAAAUAUAAAGCUAUUACACUGGUUAGUUCAAAAGGAUUUUUAUGGUUAGGUUUUUCCCAGUUGCUGCUAGUGCUUAUAGAUGAGCAUCUCAUCCAUUUUUUUUUUCAUCCAUAGCGGCAGCAGACAACCAUUGAAGUCUUAGAGGGAAUUGAAAAGGUAUUUUAAAUAUGUUAUAUAGGUUAACAAUUUAAAAAACAAAAUGUAAACAAACAGAAGCCAUUUUCUCUGAUGAUUUUAAAGAAUUAACAAAAAUAUAAAUUUGAAUUUAAAAACUAUUUACAUUUUAAUAAUACAGUUCAUGCUUCAUUACAAAAUAACUACAGCAAAAUUUAGCUUAUUCACAGCAUAUGAUGCAUUUUUAAAAAAAUCUCUUGUGUGCCAUCUUAGGAGAUUACCCGUCUUCAAAGAAAUCGGAAAGAGAAUCAAGACAAGCUAAAGAAAUUUGUGACAAGUUUUCUCAUUUACUCCAUCAUUGUCUACAUAAUUGCAGCCCUUGUCUUCUUUUUUCUGUACUUUCCCGAAACCUGGGGGCUAAGACUGGUGUACUCCCUUCCACUUUUGGCAUUCCCAUUCAUGUAAGUUUACAUAAAAUCUAUAUAUUUUAACAUUUUAAUAUUGUAUGACUAAUGUAUGCUUAUAGUCAGGACAGCUUAACAUUAAGGAAGUCUAAAGAUGCAUUAUUAAAAAUAAAGAUUAAAAAAUGUAAUGAAAUAGAGAUAAUGGGAAAAAUUUUAGAAUAGGAGGAAUGAAGAUUUAUAUAAGUUUAUCUUUCAAUAAUAUUCAAUGUUAUAUAUUUCUGCACUAUAUUUUUGUUACAAUAUAAAUCAAAAUAUACACCACAGAUAUUUUUUUAUUAUUGAUUUGUGUGAAUUAUAUUUAACUCCUUGUGAAGUGAAUGUGUAUUUUUUAAGUAUAAUAAGAAGGUGGAGGGGGUCUAUAUUUAUAUUACUACAAUGGACUGAUUCAUAAAAUCGGCUCAGAAAAAAGACUUGCCGUAAUUUUUUUAACUAAGUGGUUUAUUUAAGUUUUCUCUAUAAGCCUUUAUAUCGAUCAGAAAAUUAGCAAAAAGCUCAGAUGGUGAAGAAUUUAAAAAAAAAUUAUAUUCAAAUGUUAUAACUAUUAAUUUUUGUCAAACUUAUUUAAACAAGUUCUGAGUAUUUUAUCAUGAUUCCAGACUGAGCUAAUGAAUUGUUUAAGUGCUCUGAAUGAGCAAGUCAGAUGUACACAAGAAAUGCUUUUAAAAAUGAAAGGGUUGUAAAUAACACCGCAAAAAAUUAAAACUAGAUUUUGAAAAAAAGGGAAGAGUGGGUGGGGGGAUGACAAAAAGAAGAGAAAGAGACUGCAGUGCACAGAAGAUUUGGAUGAAAAGGAUGGAAGAGCAGUGUGCGAUGAAAUACAGGAUUGCAGGGUUCAUUUUGCAGAGGUUUGCAAGUCAGCAUUGUUAAUCCAUGGCGAAUUCUAAUUUAAGUUUACCUCUCUUGGUGUGUUAUCUCCACACUCACCUGCCUUGUUGUGUUAAUGUAACACUUAUUGAAAGUAACCAACACAUUGUGCUCAGGCAGAAAUCAUGAGACCAGGGAGUCUUGCAGAGAUUACAUUUAAUUUGCCAUGUUGUUACUUACUAGUACUUGAAUCCCUUACACGGCAUUACAUAAUGGAUUCUUCUGUCACACUCAUUAGCCCUGCACCAACCCUAUCGCCAUUGCUAUUUCUGUCUUAUCAACUCACACGGGCUAAUUUAUAUAAAAUGUAACUCAAGCAUGACUAACAGAGUUUCCAAACUUUUUGUUAUUAAAAUUAUUUAUGUUGCUGUUUCAGAAUAUGGGGACUAAAGAAGUUGCUUUACUGGUACUUUGUGAAAAGAAUAUCCUCAAAUGGUAUGUAAUACAAUAUCUACAACACCAUAAAUAGAAACAUAAAUGUUAUAUUUUUUCUAUUAUUAUCCACAUAUUUUUUGCUGCUGGCAUCCAUCCGUCACAAUGUGACAAUGGUGUGGGCUUCGCAGGAUGAAAAUCCACGAGGCCUGGGAUUAUUAUUCUAGGAUUAUAAGCUGGUUCCCAACAGCAAAUCGCUUCUCUAUACGCCACUGGAUAACCCAAGGGGACAUCAUGUGAAUGAUACGCCUUGGCACCAGUGGCGUUGCAGGAGUUUUCCGGAAUGUUUCAUUGUACCAAUGUUAUCCACCUACGGGACUCCAUCUCUGGGUUUUUGAAUUCAUUUCCUUUUCUUAGAUGAGUUGCCAUCCUCCUAGGGUGCUGGUGAUGUUUUUGCUUGACUGACUUUGGUGGGGAUUGAACUUGAGAUUUUGCUCAGUUUAGACUACUCGGCCACCUAGCACCCAAUCCAAAUAUUACAAACCAAGAUUGCUGAAUGUCAAAUAAAAGUUAUUUUGUUCUUUUAUGGCUGUAAUACAAGUAUUAAUAUGUGAAAGUAUAUUUAGCACACAAAAUGCUUGAAUGUAAGUCUGGAAACACCUUCGCCACAGUUGGUGCCAUGCUGUAUCAGCCAUUUGAUGUUCCCUUGUGCUCACGAAGAGAGGGAAUCUGCUGCUUGUGCAACAUUUAUUGUUUCUCUUUAAAAAAAACAUUGCACAGGGUUCAUAGUUUCGGUAAAGAGAAUUUCUCACCUACAAGAUGGCACCUACUUGGGUCCCUCCAAGAUGGACAAUGCCAACCAACACAAAACUUGACAUGUGUUCUGAUCAUUUAAAUGUUUUUCUAACUUAGAUUUAGCACUGCAGAGUCUCAGAGAAAAGAAGAAACAAAUUGUGAGUAUUUAAUUUCAUCUGUUAUGUUAUGGUGGUUAGGUAGUGUAUGGAUAUGAUGUGUAUGUGUGCAUGUUGAUGUAUAGAUGGCAUUUGAAAAUGUAUUUCUUUACAAUAACCCUCCUUCCUAUUUUUGCGUUGCCCUAUUCCAGACAGCACAAAUGUUGUAAAGCAGUCAUUUAAAGCUGUCUGUGUGUAUCAGCAUUUUACUCUGUCUAUUACUCUGGACAUAAACGGUCUUUUAUUUCUCAGAAUGGGGCAUACAUAUUUUUCUAUGUCAUGGUGCUUUGUCUAUUCUAAUUUUUAUUCUAGUCUAGUUACAUUAUACAUAAGGAUUUAAAGUAAAAUUGUAAGUAUGUUCUUUGUUUUCUUCUCAGAUUAUAUAUUUUUAUUUGAUCUAUUUCAAUAGCUUGAAGAUGUCAUGGAGACUGAAACUUAUAAAAAAGCUAGAGAAAUUUUGGAGAAAUUUGAUCCAUCCCGACUCAGACAACUAGAGGUAAAACACACUGUUAAUUGUAGCAGCCAAACAUUAGAUUUGACUAUUUAAUAGCCCAUAAGCAAUUUUAAAAAGUUUUCCAUUAAGUUCUAAACAUCGUUUACUUUCUCUUUUGGCAUUGGUCCAUCCCAGAGGCAAUUGUGAAAUCUCGCUGGAAAUCUCUGUACUGAUGUACUUUAUGGUGAAUAGGUCAUCAAAUGGCUGAUGCAGUUAGGCUUGGAACCAUAGGUCUUUUCGGAAUUUUAUGAAUUUCAUCAGAUAUUUGAGAGAAAAUCUCAGGGCAGUCCUCAUAAAAACCCAGACUCUUCUUGUUUUUUUUUUUUUUAAAUAAGCUUACAGUAUAUUAUAUUAGAGUAUGUUAAUUUUUAAGUUCAUGAUUAAGUUUGUUAAAUUGUAUGUACAGCGUGGGUAGCCCAGCCCAAGGCUGGGGUAGCGCGCUAUAUAAAACAACUACUUCUAAUAACAAUAAUAUCAUUGUGUUGCACAAGGUCUCUAAUUGCUAUCUAAGUACAAGUUAAAAUUAAUUUGAGAAUUAAUCCUCCAAUUUAAAGGCACAUUCUCAAAUGGCCACUGGAUCUGAAUGAUGAUCCUCCAGUUACCUUUUAAUUAUGUGUAAAAGGAAAGUCAUGCCACUCAUUGCAAUGCUGCUUUCAGCAAUUUAUGCAUCUGCUAUGCAGUAUCUACAUACAUAGCCAUUGUUGGAAUCAUUCACAUGGGUCUUAGUUCUAUGAAAGAUAAUCUGAAGUAGCUUUGAGAGCUUUUUUUUAUCUUUUGUAUAAAUAUAAACAAGAAAUAUAGAAAGCCAGCAAGAUUAAUAUCUAUUAAAACUUUUUAAGUUGGUUAUUUUUAACACUAGCAUUUGGCUAAAUACAGGUAUAUGCUUUUCUCAUGAAGCACUUUUCUUUUUCAUGUAUUCAAAUAAUUAUUUCCUUGUGGUUUUCUUGUUCUUCUUUUUAAUAUCACCUAAUUUUGUGUGUGUCUCUAUUGUUAGGGCACAGCGCAAAAUAGUUUGAUGGGAUCCAACGUGCCAUCUUCAAGUUCAACUGGCACAGGUCAGUAAAUAUGCCCCAAAAUAUUUCUUUACUGAAAAUGAAAUUGAUUUUUCUUUUUUUAAUCAUUACAAGCGACUUGUGUGAUUUUAAGGAAAUGAUUAAUGGUGGUUUUUUUUACUUUUAGCUGUAGUCUAUCAUUUUGCUUAUAGUGACAUCACAGAAAUGCACUGGCUUAUAGAGGGAUGGCAUUUUCAGCCACACCACUGCCAAAACUGCUAUAGUUAUUUUGUGUUAGUGGCUAAUGCGUUAGUUUCACUCUCUCAAAGCUUUUUUUUCCCCACCAACUCUAAGCAUUUUUUUUUUGGGGUAACAAUUUAUAACUGUGCUGUUUUAAUGUCACCAGCAUUGAAAGGGCAAGCUCAGUUUUGUAAGGUUUUUAGCAAAUUCAGUAUUACUAAGUUUAAAAUGAAGUUUAUGGCUCAUUGGCCUACGUAAAGUGACUUCUUGACAGUGUAGUGUCUAAACAUAGCAAUAUGGGUAUGGUGUACAUCUGCUAUACCGUAUCUACAUAUAUAGCCAUUGUUGGAAUCCUUCACAUGAAGUUUAUGGCUCAUUGGCCUACGUAAAGUGACUUCUUGACAGUGUAGUGUCUAAACAUAGCAAUAUGGGUAUGGUGUACAUCUGCUAUGCCGUAUCUACAUAUAUAGCCAUUGUUGGAAUCCUUCACAUAGGUCUUAGCCCUGUGAAAGAGAAUCUCAAGUAGUUUUGAGAGCUUAUAAAAUCUUUUGUAUAAAUAUAAACAAGAAAUAUGGAAAUCCUCCAAGUUUAAUAUCUAUUAAAACUUUAAAGUUGGGUUAUUUUUUAACAUUAGCAUUUGGCUAAAUGCUGGUGUAUGCUUUCCUCAUGAAGCACUCUUCUUUGUCUUGUAUUUAGAUAAUUAUUUCCUUCAGGCUUCUCAGUUUAUCUUUAUAUGCAAUUUAGUGUUAUGAGCAUCUUUUAUACUUUUUAUUGUCAUUAUUUAAUGUAGCUGAAAACUUGCAAGUAUAAAUUGCGAAACCUAACUUCAGAAAGGAAAGUUAAAUUUUAAAUAAACACCCCAAUAAGUUAAACAUUUCUCUACUUUUCCUGAGUUUGCCUCAUAAAUUCAGACCAUGAGACCAAUGAUAUAAACUGGCUAAAGAAAAAAAAGAAAAAAGGAAAAACACAAGGUUGACAAAACCGAAAACAUUUUACAGUAUAAAAUUAAAACUGACACACUAUUUUGGGAGAUUCAUAACCAAUCUUGACAUAAAAAGGGGGUAAAGGUUGCUUGUAAAACUUGUAAGCAAAAAGAAACAACACUUGAUUUACAUACUAAAAAAAUAAAUAACUGACAACCAGUAUUAGGGGGUUUUAGUUUUUUGUUGUGUACAGGGAUUUUAUACUCAGGUACAGUGUUCUUUUUGGGAGCUAUAUUCUCACACGUCCUGAAAUGUCAUCUCACACAUCCUGAAAUGUCAUCUCACAUGUCCUGAAAUGUCAGCUCACACGUCCUGAAAUGUCAUCUCACACCCCGUGGUGAUGCCAGCUCCCUAGAGGAACAUUUCAGUCCAACCACUGAGUUGUCUUUUUAUUCUGAUCCAAUAGUAAUCCAUCAGAGAAACGUUCAGUCUCCCAGAGGGAGGCAAGCUGUCACCCCCAGAAUGAUGGCUCCACCUUCACAAGCUGUUCGACAGUCAAUGAGCAGCUUCAAUGCCACCCCGUCAGGACCUAGACCUCAAAUGAACCCAAGAAUGUCUGGAGCUGUUAGGGGCAGUGUACCCACUGGUGGAGGCUACGGUAGGUGACUUUAUGUUCUGUUGUCACGCUUACCAACUUGCUGGUCUGCAAUUUAGCAACUUUAACUUAGAUUUUUUUUUUUUUUUUUAAAAUUAAGUCCUAUUAGAGAUAGAUCGCAGAAGUAUUUUAGUGCAAUAGGCUAAAUUAAACGUUAUAAUUCAAUAGGAUUUUAUUAUCUUAUGAGAUACAGUUAAAUUUAUCGCUGGCUAUAUUAAAGUUAUAAUCCAAUAAACUGUAUUUAAAGUUACUUUGAAAACUACAGGAUUUGUAUGGCCUUUGAAGAUUAGGGGAGGGAUAAAAAGUUUGGGCAAAUUGACAUUAAAAGUCAUGGCCUUUUGACAAUUUGGAAUCAAUUAUUUUUAAAACGUCAAAAGAAGAAGAAAAACACAGAUUUUUCUAUUUAGCUGACAUGUGCAUUGUGCGUUACUUAAUUAUCUGUAGCCCUGCAAGAAAAAAAUGUGUUGAUUGGUCAAUAGAUUUUAAUAAGCCCAUCAAAUAAAUCUUAACAAGUGAGCGAUCACAAAGUAACCGCGCCUGUUUUGACCAGGCCUUCCCAUUCUUUUGUAAAAUAUUUUGGCCUUUGUUCUCAUUUUCAAUUUGCAUCAGCGAUACAUGUGUGUUUUCUAUUGAAAUAAUUCAAAUCUAUUUAAAAGUUUACAAUAUUAAUUGUACCUAGAGUUUGUUCUUUUAAUGAUAUAUGGCUUGAUAAGUCAGAAUACAAGUUUUGGCUAAAAAAUAGCUGAUGACAAGAGGAACCCUAUCGCAAUGUUUGUAAAAAAAAUUCCCAUCAAUAUAUCAUUGAUGGGUGAUGGACAAGUGACCAGUUUUGAAAACGGUAAGCUACAGUAACUUAAACCUUUUUAUCAAUUCACUCAGUGAAGUAAAAGUUGGAUAAUUUAAAAUUUAAAUAUUACUUAUAUAUUUGGGGUUUCUGUUCUAUAACUAUUUAAUUAGGCCAAAUUCCUAGUACUAAUUAACUAAUUUGGCCACUACAAAUAAUUUUAUCCAAAGUUAAGGUCACCAUUUAAUUUUAAUAUGACAUUAUUUGUGAUUAAUAAUUUUUUGUUACAUUUUAGGAAGAAAAGCACAUUUAGAAUGAGAAAGCUGCUGUUCCUUUGACACACACACACACCCCCCCCCCCCAUUGCUGACUAUUUAAAUACAAGUAAUAAUGCUGACCCAGUACCAUCAUCAUCAAGGGACCCUCAUGGACAGGGAUCAACAGUAAACCCUGUUAAUAUUCAGUCUUUCUGGCCGAAGACAGAAGCGCCUUACGCUGGAAUCAUUUUCAUUAAGGCUUCAAUUCUUCCAAAGACUCUGCAGAUUCUUCCUAGGCCGUGUUUCCUACUUGUGAAAUAACACAAAAGUUUUACUGUGCUGAAAAAUCUAUGGAUGGUCCUGCAGUGAAACAUGUUAGAGAAAGAAACUGAAUGAUCUGGUCCAUUUCAGCUGCUAAGUUGUGGGCUACUUAUUUUACACAAUGAUUUCCAUUAUGGAAGUACUGCAGUGUCCUGGGGCAAAGAAAAUAUCCUUAUCAGCAUAUAUAACCUAUUUCAUGAUAGUCCAGCCAGAAGAGAAGGUUUAACUAUCAUCAAAUUCAAAGAUACUUUUGAAUUUCCUCUUAAGUAUUGCAAGCACAGGUAAUAUUUAAGAACUUUUUAGUUCAUAAAGUUGUUGUGAUAAGUUUCAUUUUAUUUCUGUAAUUUAAUAGAAAACGAAAUUUUUUGAAACUGAUUACUAUUACAUAGUUUAAUCUUUAAUUUUGACAUUCUAACACAAAAUUUUUAUUAAUUGCAGGUGGCUCGAAAAUAUUGAGCCAGCUGAGAGAUUUGUCCUGAUGAUACAAAAUAUUCAUCCAACUGAAAGAUCUAUCCUGAUGGCACCAAAUAUUGAUCCAGCUGAAAGAUCUAUCCUGAUGGUACCAAAUAUUGAUCCAGCUGAAAGAUCUAUCCUGACGGUACCAAAUAUUGAUCCAGCUGAAAGAUCUAUCCUGAUGGUACCAAAUAUUGAUCCAGCUGAAAGAUAUUUCCUGAUGGUACCAAAUAUUGAUCCAGCUGAAAGAUCCAUCCUGCUGAUACCAAAUCUGUAAAUCUAUGUAAAGACUGUUAAAAGCAAAUCCCUCCCACAGCCCUCUAGCAAAUCCUGCGCUCUCUUAAAGGCAGAGCUGCACUCCUUCAUAGUGGUUGCUCGAGAAUUAUAACCAGUUGUGCCAAAUUAUGCUACUAUUUCUGGCAACAGACCUGGGAAGCUUGGUUCAGUUUUUCAUGGCAAACAGCAAAUGACUUUUGAAGACUAAGCUGAAUAAAAUGUAUAUAACAUUGUCCAUACUUUUGUGUUAUAUUUUGAAAAGCUUAAGGACAUCCUCUAUGAGGAUAAGCUGGCUUUCUUAUGUAUAUAUUGUAUAUACUAUAGUAUCAUAAAGAAUUUUUAUCUAAGUUAUAAUUUGGAGAGUUCAUUUUUUUUUUCUGUUUAGAACAUGAUAAUAAAUGAGUCUUUGAAUUUUUUUUUUUUUAAAGAUGGUCUUUGAAGGUUUGGGAAAGUUUGUGAAUGCUGGACCUUGAACUUGAAGUCUUAAUAACCCCGGCACAUCUCAAUAUUUCAUAAAGUUGCAUUUUUAUACUUGCGAAUGUUUAACUGUUUAUUAAUCAAAUGUUAUUUUUAACUGCAAGUUCUUGUGGGUCUUAUUUGAUCAGACAUGCCAUAAGUUUAACUGUCUGCAGGCUAACACACGGAUGUUAGUGAAGUCCGUCAAGCCAAAGGCAAACAUUAUUUAAAUUAAAAUUUCACUGCUCACACCUUUCUCUUUCUUGCUUCAAGUCAUGGCACCAGGACCACCAAUGCCCAGGUCAGUUUUACCUAGAGAGAGGGGCACCAUGGACAGACUGAUGGACUACUUGGUUGGGGAUGGUCCGGAGAAUAGAUAUGCCUUGAUUUGUUUUCAGUGCCACUCUCACAACGGAAUGGCCCUCAAAGAGGAGUUUGAAUAUUUGAGUAGGUAUUUUUCAAACUGAUAGAAUGUAAGAAGGAUAUUCUUACCAUAAUUUGUGUACAAAUUUGUUUUAAAAGACUCAUGUUGAAAUAUUUUUUUUCCAUAAUAAAUUUACCUUAUAUUUAUAUAACUGAGUAAGUUUGAUUUUAUUGUGGCAAAAAUAGCGGAAACCAAAUUUGAAACUAUUAAUUAAAUGUUUUUGGGAAAGUUAUAGGAGAUAAAAAAUAAUCUAAAUUAAUGCUGGGCAAUUCCAGAGUGUCUUUCUUGUCUGCCCUGCUCAAGAAAGUGUAUAGAGUUUAACCCCUUUUAAAAGGUUUCUACGGCUUAAUUCUCUCAACUAAGGCUUUUAAGUCAAAAUUACAUAUUUCAAUGUUUUACUCAAUUUAUCCUUCAUUUUGCAUUGUACUAUAAGCAAGUACCCGCUUAUGCACCUCUUUCUGUAUUUUACACGCACAACAUGGCUGCAUUGCCUCAGCUAGUAUAUUAAAUAAUUUCACAAAAUCACCAAGAAAUUUCCAGUCCAUGUGUUCAAAUCUUGUGGUAAGGUAUUGUCAUGGCACUGGAAGUCUCCAUAAACUUGUUUGUUUUGAUAGGAAAAGCCAAGCUUGAUAUUUAGCAAACCUGUGGUAAUUAACCUUUUCGCUAUCGAUGACGUCGACGUGACGUCUAGAUCAUCUAGAUCACCCACUUUCAGUUACCAAGGACGUCACAUUGUCAUCAUAACAAAGAGGCAAAGAACUUUUCUGAAAUACCAAGGACGUCACGUCGAUGUCAUUUUUCAAUGUUAUAUAUUUCUUUAUUCGUUAAUAUAUAGAGAAGUUAAAAAGCAAAUCAGAUAGAGAAUGAAAAAUACCGCAAAUUUCUGAAGUUUUUUUUAUUGCUAAGUCAGCAGAAAUCGAUGCCCAAAGCCGGCGGUAAUGAAAGGGUUAAGGGUUUAAUUCUGUUAAAAUACUGUAAUGUAUGUUUGUCCCUGCAGGUUUUCGCUGUUGUUACUGCUACUACAUUAACCCGGCAAGGAAGCAGAGACCUACAGCACCCAGGCUAGAGUUUUUUGCUCCUCGAGGUGCAGAUCCUAAAUUAGGUCAGUCCACUGCAUUUGUUUGGCCCCAAAACAUCAUAUCCUGUAUCUAUUUUUAACUAGCUCCUUUCAUUUUAAAAAAAAAACGAUAAAAAAAUAUUUUUUAACAUCAAAAUGAAAGUUAAAAGAAUGAAAUUCGCCCCAAUGCCAGACUUUUGAUAUAGCUUAGUAGCAAAGUACUAAGACAUGUUAUCUGGCUGAUUGGCCAGCUAUUCAAUCUUAAACUUUAAAACUCUGUAAAAAUAUCAUUUACUUGCACACAAGUAUUCAAGUUCUUUUAGUCUGACCCCAAUUGCAUACACAAUUUAUGAAAGACUGGUCCUUCAUGCAAUCAUGCUCACAACUUUAGAGAUAUUUUUUUGUCUUGAACAUUAAUUGAAUCAAAUGACAACAAACAGCAUCAGUCUCAAAGUUCAGUCUUUGGCCAAGGAGAUAAUAGCUAUGUUUUUGGUCAUUCUCUUGACAGCUGCUACAUUUAGCUGUGCACUAAGCUCUACCAGGGCAAUGAAACCAGGUUAAGCUUCGGAACAUUUUGUUACUUUAGCAAGCUAGUAAAUACACAUAUUAGUACUUGUUAACAUUUUGUUACUAUAGCAAACAAGUGACUACAAAUAAUGUCCAAGCCUCUGUUGUCUGGUAUAUAAUUUUUUUUCAGUUUUAAAAAUGUAGGAUUACAACACAUUUAUUCACCAUUUUAUUCGAUCAUUUCAGCUGCUGCUGAGAGCAACGAAGAGAGCGAUGAUGAUGAUGUUAGUGAUGGCAACAGAUCAGAUGGCAGUGGCAAAGAUUCUCUCAAGUCUGACUUAUCCAUGGAUUCAUCCAGUACCAAAACUGGUAACCCCUCAGCUGAUAACUUGGAUAGCAACUCAGUCCAUGGGAUAGAGAAGAUAGAUACGGCCAGCAUCCCUGGAGGUGAUCCCAACUCGACAGGGCGUGUCAAAGAGAUAUAUGACUCCAGCAAUGGACAGGUGCAACAAAAUCCCAAAUUUUCAGCCUCGGAACCACCAGCGUCCUCUGUGCAUCAAGACCCGAGUGCAAAUAAUAUUAGGUCAGGUGAGAGGCACCACAGAGAUUCUUCCAAAGUCUUGACCAAGGGUGCGGGGACACCGCACGUUGCACACCUUAACGUCAACGGUGUAUCGGAUGUUACUGAUAGCAAUUCUAAUAAUAAUUACGGGAAUAGCACAGAGGCAGACCAAGCAGAUGCCGACCGGUCAACAGACGGAGGUGAGAGUCAUGAUCUCCCAAUGAUGGAUGAGACUGACACAUGUGUAGAUAACCAGUAAUUUAUGCAUGCAAGUAUACAGCAGUAAACCCCACUAGUCAUUCUUAUAAUUUUGUCCCCUAUGGUUUCCUCAGCAGGAUAAUUAUUAUCAGUUUUAGUUCUUGGCUAAUAGCAAUGAGUGGAGAGGGAAAAUGUUCAGAGUCACAGGAAAAUAGAUUUAGCUGUGUGGUAGUAGGACCCUUAAGUUAGUUUGCCCAUCCCCCCAAAAAAACAACAUUUUCUUGCCACACAUUUGACAUUAUUUAAUACUUAACAUAAAUCAGUUAAUUCGCUUACAUGUCAUCACUUUUUAUAUAUGCACAAAUGUGACAAAUAGUAUGAGGAAAAUAUUUGAUGAUAACAUAUUCAUCCUGGCAAUUUGAUAUGAAAAGAUGAUACGUUAAAUUCAAAAACAUGAAUUAACCUGUGUUUGUUCUCAAAUAAUUGCUGUUGAUCUCCAGUCAUGCGAGACUUGUUAUAACCACAUGCUUUUAAGAAAAUCUUCUUUUUUUUUUGGUUUGAUAUUUGUGUUAAGUUUAUAAGUAGGUUCCAAACUUUAAGGUGUGCUUUACAACUCCACUAUCUGAACUAAUUGAAGAAGUGGGGGUCUUUAAAAUAAUAAAAUUCUUAUAAUACAGGAUAAAUUGAAUCCAAAUGAUUUCACGAAACAUUAUUUGCUCAAUGUGCCUCAUAGUACUCGUAGCUCCACAAUAGCCUGGCGUUACAAGUGUAUGCAUAUUUAAAAUAGCUCAUUUUUUAAGGAAAGUUUCAAUGCAUUGCUUUGUGUGUUUCCCUACAAUUCACAAGCAGCAGAGAGUUGUGGCACCUGCACAGUGCGUUAAAGAUUUGACCAUACAUGAAUGGUGCAGUUUUUAAAAAAAAUAACAAAACCUUAUAUUUAAUUGAAAGCCUUUGGGAUAGAACAUCAAAGUUUUGUGACGUGGGGUUGUCCAUCAUCAGGACACACCCCCCCUCCCCCCCAUGCUGUUCUUAAAGAUCCAGCCUUCCAUUAAAAGAUGUACAAAUACAAGUCUGGAUACCCAGAGUUAAGACAAGUGAGCUCCUGCUUUUUCAUUUGAGGCACACCUGUACAAAAGUUUAAAGUUUUUAAUAAACAUCUUGUUCAGCCCGUCAAGGAAAAAAAAAAUUGAUUUAGGAGUGACCCAACCGAUAUUUUUAUGUCUCUCUGUUAUUAUUUUAGAUGCUCUUCUUCCGUCAUACAAGUGCAAUCCUGUUUCUUUUCAAUAAUGUUAUUUUCCUGUACAAAAUAUCAUUCCUAUGAAAUGUUAGCAUUAUAUGUGUGAUGUAGAUACAAAAUAUGUGCAAUACUGAACCGAUUCAUGAUGGCCAAAAUGAAUAUUGCUAUGUGCAGUACAGACCUAGUAAUGAUAAACACCCUAUGCCAGCUUUCCAGCAGGUUUUUUUCUUCCACCAUUUACUACUUGCAUUGCCUUGUUUUUUUUUUGUUGUUAAAAAAAACAAAGUUUUCAAGUAAUGAUGAUUUUCAUAUGCUUUUAAAGGAUGCCAUGGAAAUAGAUAAUAAAGAAAUGUUGUUGUUGGUUAUCUGGCAUGCGGAGAUAACAGAGAGCAAAUUCUACUUUGAGUAGCAGCCUUGACUUGAGCUGUAUUUCGUUUAAAGUGAGUGAGAGUUGCUCAAUUCGUCAGCCUCUCUGUCCUCUGACUUAUGGAAAUAGAAUAUGGAAAUGGAUAUUAUAGAAAUGGGCACUAUGUAAAUGUAUACUAUGGGAAUCUAGAGUUUGGAAAUAGAUACUAUGGAAAUAGACACUAUGGAAAUGUACGCUAUGGAAAUAAACAAUAUAGAUGGGAAUCUACAGUAUGGAAAAUAGAUACUAUGGAAAUAGACACUAUGGAAAAUAGAUACUAUGGAAAUAGACGCUAUGGAAGUAUAUACUGUGGGAAUAGACACUGUGUAAAAUAUACUCUAUUAAAAGAAAUGGAUACCAUGGAAUUAGGUGCUAUGGAAAAUAUUGUUUUAUAAUAUCAAAUGUUUGUAUCAAGAAACUUUGUUGUCGUUAUUGUAAGUGAAUCAAGUUAGUAGCUAGUAUAAAUUAGAGAUGGGAAUCGAACCCUCUUUUAGAAGUUUGGUUCGGGUUCAAUAAUCGGCAGGGUUAGGUUCGGUUUGGGUUUGGUCAUCAGCAGGGUUUGGUUCAGGCACGAUUGUCAACAGUGUUCAGUUAGGGUUUGGUCGUCGGCAGAUUUCGGUUUGGUAAUAGCUAAGGCCGAGGUUCAGCAAGCACUGCAGUUCGGCGCGUUGGGUAAUUUGAAAUUAAUUCGGUUUUAAUUUAAAUAAAAUAAAUAUAAAUCACAUUUAUUAUAAAUAUAAAGGGUUUAUUAUAGAAAUUCUCCCAAUUAAAAAAAGAGAAUAAAUGUCUUAAACUGUCAAAGUACCCUGGGGUUUUAUUGUCGUGGUUAUUGAAAGGAUGUCUUGAAAUAGUUUGCUAUUAAAUGCCAAUCCUUUCAAUGGUACCCUCUUAAACAAAUAAUGCUAUCACGUCAUUCCUCACUUUUCAUCUGUUGUGGCUACUCAGGGUUUGGUCAUUGUUUAUCUUGUUGUAGGCAGUGGCCUAACUAGGGUUACUGUUUGGCCAAGAUCCCCCCCUUUCCACAAUAAAACCUCUGCAGAUGGCCAAACAUGCCGCCCCUCUAUGUAAGGAAAAAAGUUCCGCGAGGGGGGUGGGGUACCCCCUUCCUUCACCACUGCUUGUAGGAACAUCAUACUGCAGUGUUUUGUCCCCUUUCCACCCACACAUAUCUGGCCCUCAUCUAGAUGUCAGCUGCAAACAAUUUGUUUGAUAGAUAAAUAAAUAAGGCCUACCCGGUAUCUAAUGAGUAUCUGGCACAGGGUGAAAAAGAGCCGGCCAGUGUCCUUGUUUAAUUUAUCAAACAUUAAUACAAAAUCAAGUCUAUGAGUCCAAGGGUGUUGGAGGGGGAGAGCUGGGUAGGGGAUAAUUUUAAAAUGGGAAGGGGAAAAUUUUUUAUGCCGUAAGCAGUGCUGUGCCACUUUCGUCAAAUGGUGUCAGUUUUAUCAGAUUUGGAUAGAAAGUUUGGAUUGUUUCGUAUUCAGUGAAUUUGAAGUUCGGGUUUGGUUAUUAGCAGGUUUAGGUUUGUUUGUCAGCAGGGUUCGGUUUAGGUUCUUUCAUCGACAGGUUUCGAUUUAGGUUCUUUUGUCAACAGGGUUAGGUUCAGUUUUUGUUGUCAGCAGGGUUUGAGUUCCAUUCGGUACAGUUCCCAUUUCUUAGUACAAAGCCUCAUAGUAAUGAUAGUCUUCUUUCAGAUAUCCUGUUGCUAUAAUGUUGAUCACUUGCAGUUUAACUGAAUAAGAAAACAAUGUUCUAUAAGAAAAUAAUGUUUAGUGCAUGCCAUCAUGAAUUGUUCUGUAGUGCACUCAUUGUGAUGUAUCAAUUAUCCUGCUAUGCACAGUUGUGUCAAUGUUCUGUUGUAUGCACAUUAUGUGUCAAUGUUCUGUAGAGUACGCAUUCUGUCUUGCAUGUGUACAUGUUAAGCUAACUGUCUUUCAAUUAUUUCCAUUGCUAUAAUGUGACGAAUGCACUGAGAAUUGUUUGAUGCAUUUUAUUUAGUCAAAAAUCAGACAUUCUUCAGCCCUUAAAAUUUUGUAACAUGUAAUGCAGUUGGUUGGCAUUGAUUUUUUGACAGGU